ACGAUGGACGAAUAUCCGUAUCCCAUCACUGUAGAGGGAAACUGGGAGUCUGAACAAGCUAAAAGUGUGAAAAAUAAACUUCAGAUUUACUUCCAGAGUAAGAAGAAAUCUCAAGGAGGAGACUGCGCCGUGAAAUAUGAUGACAAGAGCAACUCUGCUACGAUUCUGUUCAAAUCGUCUGACAUCCGAGAUGGCGUGCUCUCAAAGGCAGAACACAUUAUUACCAUUGACAAUCAGCAAAUCAAGUUGAAAGUGUACAAACCCAGCGAUGCAGAGGAACAGACAGACAGCGCUGGACAAAGAAUGGACCAGGGGUGUGGAUAUCAGGAACCAACUCAAAGUGCCUCUCAGACUGAUGUGAAUGUGAAGAAGCCUCAAGAGUCAAGUGCUGUGGUGCUGGAGAACCUUCCAGAUGAUAUUAAACAAGAUGUUUUAAGUCUUUUGGUGGAGAACAUCAGCAGUCUUUCUGAAAAUGACUUUAGCGUAGAAUUAAUACCAGAAUUAAGAAAAGCAGUUGUGACUUUUAAAAAUCCCAGUGCUGCAGAAAAGUUCCUUGAGGACAGCAGGACACAUGAAAAGUUCAAGAAGAAUAAUCUGAGGGCCCAUGCACUGGAGAGAAGCACAAGUGUGCGAGUGGAGAAUCUUUCAGCUGAGGCCAACAACAACAAGAUGCUGCUGGAACUGUAUUUUGAGAAAUGGGGCGGUCCAGUAGAGGAAAUUAUCAAAAUUCCAUCAGAACAAGCAGCCAUUAUUAUCUUUAAGGAGGAAGAAGCCAAAGAGAGAGUUUUGAAGCAAGAAAAUAACAUCUGUGAUGUUCCAGUCAAGAUGUAUCCCUACUUCAAAUCACUUGAUACGAUCUUAUAUGGUGGCAAAAGACCCCAUUUGAAGCUGCCUGAACACAUUACAGUCAGUGUACAUCCUGCCAUCAGGGAGUUCAUCCUCAAGAAAGGGCAGAUUUCCUCUAUAAAAGACCAGAUGAGCUCACACUUCUGCCAAAUAAACAUGGACAAACCUGAAGCUUUGCUCAGUCCUGAUCCAGCAUUACUGAAACAGAAAGGAGGUACCAGACAACUUAUUGAUGGCUGGAGUAAGAAUACCAUUGAUGCCUUCAAGAAAAUCAUCUCAAAUUACACAACAUCUGAGUGGCCGGUGUCAUACUCCUUGUGGUUAAAUGUGAAAAGUGAUAUUAGGAAAGUAGUGAAAGAUCAGGUUUUUACAGAUUUGGAUGCCUCUAAAGGGGUGAUGACAUUGGCAGGAAUGACCCAUGAAGUAAUUGGAUUGAAACCCAUCAUGGAGAAAAUUUUAGCGAGAGCAACAAAUGAAAUAGAGAGAGAAAAGAAGAGUGUGACUGAAUAUUUGGAGAUUUCUCCUGCCGUGUACUCUCUACUUGAACGAGAUGGCCUGAAAAGUGCUACAGCUGUUUCCCCACAUCUGCUGGUUGACUACAACAAAAAAAAUAAAAGAUUAGUUUUAUCAGGUCUUCAUACAGAAAUUCUUGCCAUCAAAAAUUGGGUCCUUGAGAAGAAAGUAAGUAUGAAACAGAAGCCCUUACAAAUUGACCGUUCAGUCCUGGAGUUUCUGAGAUCAGUGGAUUGUGAUGAAAUGUGCACAGAUCUCUUCAUAUCUCAUGGAAUAACUGCUGUCUACACAAUCGAAAAUGGAGAUGUUGUUGUGAUUGGAAGCACAGAAAGAGCACUUGCUGAGGCAGAGAAGAGGGUGAAUACAGUUCUCACAACCAAAGACCUCAUUAUAGGAGAUCUGGGUGUCCUUCAAAUGCCAGAGUGGCAUGAUCUCAAAAGACAACUGGAAAAUUCAUUCAGUAUUUUCAAAAAGAGAUCUGUGUUUAUAAACCUCUCUAAAAAGAGAGACAAAGUUAUAGUGACUGGAUUCAGAGAACCAGUGAUGGAAGUCAGUCAGGACUUAGGACGAUUCAUUGAGAAACACACAAGCAUUGAAGAAACUGUUUGUGUCAAAUCACAUGCCGUGGUUGAAUUCAUAAAAGACAGAAAAUCACAAGACUGGCAGCAUUUUAUCAAGUCUGAGGAGGUGAAAGUGAGUUUUGAUCCAAAGAGACCCUGGAUUAAACUGUCUGGAAAGCAUACAUUUGUCCAGCCAGCUUUGACUCUAUUUGAAAGUUUGGCAGAAGGCCUCUACACAGACACACUAAUCAUUAAAAAGGCAGGAGUAAAGAAGUACUUCAUGGAACAGGGUAAAAUGAUGUUCUCAGUGCUGUUAAAGGAAAAAAGAUUUGUUGUGGUUCUUCAGGAAGAUGACAUGCUGGAUGAAGAAGAAGAUGAAUUUCCUGUAGGUAGUUUUGAAGAUAUUGGCCAAGUCUCUUGUGAGGUUCGAAUGCCAGGUGGAGUAACAGUUACUGUCAGGAAGGCAGACAUUUGCAAGCUCCAUGUUGAUGCUGUGGUCAAUGCUGCUAAUGAAGAUCUGAAGCACAUCGGUGGUUUAGCUUUAGCACUUCUCCAAGCUGCUGGACCAAGUCUGCAGCAAAACUGUGACUUACACACAAAAGCAAAUGGACCUCUGAAGCCUGGAGAUGCCAUCAUCACUGCUGCUGGUCGUCUUCCCUGUAAAUAUGUAGUGCACGCUGUUGGACCUCGUUUCAGUGAUUCAGACAGACAUACCGCUGUUCAACGCCUGAGACGUGCUGUGAGGGAAAGUCUGAAUCAGGCGUCAAGCAGAACCUGUUCCUCCAUUGCAAUCCCAGUUAUUAGCUCAGGGAUAUUUGGUUGUCCUCUCGACCUUUGCACUGAAUCAAUCGCCAAGGAGGUGCAUGAGUACAUUGAAGAUCGUAACCACAGAGCCUCUAAUAGCACCUUAACUGAAAUUCACUUGGUUGACAAUAAUGGCAGCACUGUGAAUGCCAUGACUCAAGCUGUCAGAAAGGAGUUUGCUGCUUAUAACCCUAAAAUGACUUUCCCUCAUAAAGCCAAACCCCAUGGGUAUAGUAACUAUGGACAAGGGUAUCGUGGCCGUUGUCGUGGUCGUGGUCGUGGCCGUGGCCGUGGUCGUGGAAACUAUAGCCAAAAAAACCAACAGUUUGAAGGCUCCAAAAGCCGUGGAGACUUUGAAGGACAACCAUACUCAAAAUCAAGAUCAGAUAAAUCUGAAGGGUUAAGUGUUCUUGAGACCAAAACUACACAAGAGGGACUAAAAAUCAUUCUGAUCAAAGGGAACAUCCAGGAUGCAUAUGCUAAUAUCAUUGUAAACACUAUAUCGGAGGACUUGGACCUCAGAAAAGGUGCCGUUUCCAAAGCACUCCUUCAGACUGCUGGUUAUCAGCUCCAAUCAGAAAUCAACACAGCUGCUCGCUCAAACGGUGUGAAUUAUGGUGGAAUGCUCAUCACAGAUGGUUAUGAAUUGAAAUGUCAAAACGUCUUCCAUGUAGUUUGCCCAUUUUGGAGACAGGGCUCAGAAGAUAAGGUACUCAUUCAGAUCAUUAGAGAUUGCCUGAAUAAAGCAGAAAGCUGGAGAAAGGCUUCAGUCGUCUUCCCAGCUAUCGGGACUGGGAAUCUUGGCUUUCCUAAAGAUCUGGUGGCCAGAAUCAUGCUGACAGAAGUCCAGAAAUUUAAGCCGACAAACCUUCGAAAGGUAACUGUGAUUGUGCACCCUUCUGACAAGGAGAGUGUAGAGUGCUUUACCAGCGUCUUUAGACAUGGGAUUCAGGGUCCCGUUACAAAAGAAGCUCAUCAAUAUGCCCUGCCGAAUAUUUCUAGCAAAUCAGCUCAGAAAUCUGAGCUUGUUGGCAAAGUCUCCUCUCCCUCUCUCGGGGUGCACACUAUGCAGCUGGGUCAAGUGACUCUGGAGGUUUCAUCAGGAGACAUAACUAAAGAAAAAACUGAUGCCAUUGUGAAUUCCUCAAAUCAUACAUUUUCUCGGAAAACAGGAGUAUCCAAGGCCAUUUUAGAUGCUGCUGGAGUACAAGUGGAACGAGAAUGUUCACAGAUUGUGGGAUCAUCAAGCAUGCAACAAGCAGAGAUUGUUACUUCAGCCGGGCGGCUUCCAUGUGGAAACAUCAUCCAUAUUAUUGGACACAAUAGUCCAUCUGGCAUUAAGGAUGUUGUUUUGUCUGUUCUGAAGUUAUGUGAGUCACACCAGAUGACUUCUGUUGCUUUCCCAGCUCUUGGCACUGGUCAGGGAGGUGCAAAUCCAGCUGAUGUUGCAGAUGCAAUGGUUGAUGCACUUGUUGACUUUGCAAAGAAAAAGAAACCAGUGCAUGUCAAAUGUGUGAAGUUUCUUAUGUUCCAGUUGAACUUGGUGGCAGACUUUCACCAAAGCAUGGUCAGAAGAUCUGGUGAGAAAGUAGAAGAGGAUCAAAGUGUGCUUACCAAAAUUAAAGAAGAAAGUUCAGAAUCUCCUACAAAUGAAGAGUUUGUAAUGGUAGGUGAGGAAAUUGAGCCAGUUGUGUUUCAACUGUGUGGAGAGACACCAAAAGACCUGAGUGAAGCCAAGGACAUGAUCAACAGUUUGAUAUUACAGGAGCAUGUGAUCAUCCCAAUCCAUGAUCCAGUCAUUGCUCAUUUCACCAGGGAGGAUGUAGAAACGCUGAAUGCCAUGCAGAGAGAGCUCACAGUCAGUGUCCGGCUUGAGAAGAAAGGCCAAGACUCUGUCAUCACACUGGAGGGCCUGACAAGAGACGUUCAUACUGCAGACAUUCGUAUCCGAGACAUGAUCCGCAAGGUAGAAAAGAACCAAAUCCGAAGAAGUGAGGCAUUUAUAAUUAGCAGUGUGAUUAAGUGGCAAUAUCAGGAGAAUGGACACAGCGUCAUAAACUUUGAUAUGUUGACCAAUUAUCACUUGGAACAGGCGUAUCAGAACAAACAGCCUUUAGUAAGAAUCAAGAUUAAUAAUGAUGAAUAUGAGGCUCAUUUAGUUCUCAAAGUGGCCAUAAGAGGGAACCUGAGGAUUGCACUGAACAGAGUAGAAUUGUAAAGUGAGAUUAUUUUAUAAUUAAGACAUCGAUUAGAAUGGCAUCAUGUACAGAUAUUACUUACUCAAGUAAGUUUUUCAUCUUGUUGUCUGCAGUAGCUCAAAUCUAUUUUCCGUUAUACUGGAUAUAAACUAAAAUUUAUUCUUGCCUUUUUGUUGAAAGAGAACAGAACAGCACGCUUUGGAAAAACUAUAUGAUCAAAACACUCACAAAAACAAUGGAAAGCAUCUCUUCCACGGCACCAGCCAAAUCAACAGUCAUGACUUCAAUCACAGCUUUGCUGGCAUGUAUCAGUCAAAUUCAGUAUAAACUGUUUUUAGGAGCCUUGUAUGGGAAUAGUACAUAUUUUGCUGUGGACCCAAGUUACUCAGCCCAAAGCCACUUAAAACCUGAUGUCAAUGGACAUAAAUGCAUGUACCUUGCCAGUGUGGUUGUCAUGAUUUAAAUCAAGGAGUGAAAUCUUGUUCCGCCUACGAAAAGCUCCAAUAGUGCUGAUCGAUACAACAGUGUGACUAACAACAUGACCAAGUCAACCAAUACCUAAUCACCUAAUCAGUUUCCAUUAAUGAUUAUGAGAUCAGUUUUUGUUGCUAUUUUUGUUGUUUCUGUGAUGAUGAACACAUAAUGUUUAAGUAUAUAAUGUAUAUGUGAUAAUUACUGCCAGAAAUUACAGUAACUAUUACAGUGUAAAGAAAAAGAGUUUGUGCUGAGCAUUUGGGGAUUAUGUUUAUGGGGCUUAAAUGAGCACAUUGAUUGAAAUUAUACAUACAAUUAUGUAACCAUAAAAAUAACAAAGGACUUCAGUAAAUUAUGAUUGGUGAAUAAAAAAAUGUGAAUUAUUUACUACGUCCUUUAAACCAGAGAUGCCCAAACCAGGGCCUUUAGGCCAGAGUUGGCCCACUUAGACCUUGAAUUUUUCCUAU